AUGACAAAUUCUGUAGUUUCAAAAAAUAUUGAUUAUACAAUAAAAACAAUUGGUUCAAGAAAAGUUUUUGUGUAUAAUGAUCAAGUAUUUAAUUCUAAAGAAGAUAUGAUGCGACAAAUAAAGCGCGAUUAUCCAAAUCUUACUUUUAAAGAUGCUCCAAUACCAAAUAACAAUCAAGUAAUACCACCACAACGUAAAGAUUCAUUUAGCAAGCCAAACGAAUAUAUUUAUUAUGGGAAAUUUGAUAUUAAUAAAUUUUUAGGACCAAAUUCAUUUAGUAAUAAAAUUUGGCAUCAUGUAUGGGAUGGUUGUAAUGUAGAAUGUUUUAGUCGAAAAAAUUUUUAUGAAAUGAAAAUGAGAAUGCUUAAAGAAACAAAUAUGUAUAGAAGAUAUCAUAGAGUACAUCCACUAGCUGAAGAUCCAUAUCUCGCUAAAAGUGCACAAGAAUAUGCUUAUAUACUUGCAAAAACAAAAAAAUUUAUGCAUGAUCCCAGGAAUAUAAAAUAUGGUGAAAACCUUGGAUAUGCAACAUUAAACAUUGCCAGCACAAUUGUAAAAAAAUGGUAUGAUGAAGAGAAAUUGUGGAACUACCAAUCAACUGGUUCAAUACCGGGUGCCGGACAUUUUACACAAUUAGUAUGGAGAGGCUCUCAAAGAGCUGGUUUUGGAAUUGCUGCAAAUGGAAGAGAUGUUUACAUUGUAUGCAGAUAUUAUCCAGCAGGAAAUGUUGUACCUUACUUUAGACAAAAUGUUUUUCCAAGACAGUGA